AUGGAAGGCACGCCGGAAGUCGGACGGCCGGCUUGUCGCUGUCAAGCAGCUAAAGCAGUCGCCAGAGUCCUGGGAAGCAUGCAAGCAGCUUCCAGAGGUGCGCGCGGCCGCUGCCAUUUCGGACCGGAGGCAUCUGGUGCAACUCCUGGAGGCAGUACGGCACGGUGGCGAACUCUUCCUCGUUUUCGAGUACAUCGAGGGCAGCCUGCACCACUGCAUUGCCGCCGCCCGCCGCGUCGAAGAAUCCCAGGUGCGCUGGGCAGCACGACGGCUGCUGAUGGCACUGGCUGCGGUUCAUGCGGCGGGCUUGGUCCACUGUGA